GAUGAAUAAAAAUUCGAUCUAAUCUAACCCAUUGUUAUCUCUAGUUAGGACAAGACUUUGAAGUCAGGUUGAGGUUGUCUAAGAUUUUUAGCUCUUAUCUUGUUCAAUCCUGACUAGUGAGUGACUCCUGGCAUAGAAAUACCAGUCGUUAUAUUAUUUGUUUCUUGACAUCCAACAAUUGAUUCUUGUUCCUUUCAAAGUGAGAAAUACAUUUUUUUUGGGGCAAAUCAAGCUUGGUUAUUGAAAAUGGAGGAAGUAUGUAAUUCCAAGGUGAGAAAAGAGGCUUUUUUCCUCACAUUUGUCAGAUUGUGUCAAGGCAUAUUCUCGCUAAACUCACAAAAACAUAGUUAUGGAUGUGUAUUAGCAUUUGGCACUUACCUUCACCAAAUAAAAAGACUGGCUCCAUUUUCAAAGCCAUUGAGCUCCAUUACAGGUUAUUUUGAACAGAAACAAAUAAAGCAAGACCACCAAAGGACCACCGACACUAAGCCUCUUGAGAAUGCACUAACCAAGGUGUCAUGUUAACUCAAUAGGAAACUAAUUUAUUUUUAAUAAACAAAUAUGACUUUAUAUUUUACUAUUUGCUUUUGCUUUAGUAGGAAAUUUGCAGCCAAAAAAAAAGUUUAUCCAGGUAACAAACAACUUAAACCUAAACAAUGAACUGUGAGUGGAACAGAACUAAACAAAAAAAAAAAAAAAGAAAAACAAGAAAACAAAGUCAAAGGCAAUGACAGUAGGUGAUAAACUAAAGUUAGUUGCAAAGAGUUUGCUGUUGGGAUUGUGCUAACAAUAUUUUGACUUGAAAUGGAAUUUUGAGAUUUGAUUCUUUUAUCUCUACAGACUUUGGGGCCUUUCCCACUUUCCCGGUGCAUUUUCUCAGCAGUAUUUUCAACAGUGUCCUAUGUACUUUCUUUUCUUCCCAUUUGUUCUAAAAGUUUAAUCAUCUGAACUGAAAUCCAGUUGGAAUGAAUGAAUCAUUCAUGGUGUAAAUUUUCUUAAUGCAAUCUCCACUUUUCUCAUAAGUAAAUAUACUGUAUCAUUCUUUCAUGCAUGUAAAAAAAAAAAAAAAAAACUCCUUUCAAGUGUUGAAUUUUUAGUUUCUUAAUUUUGUUGAUUAGUAAUAUCAGACCUUGAGGAUGAGCAACAUAUCUAUCAGGAAUUUUUUUUAUACAACAAAAAUAAGCAAAGUGAAGCUGAUGCCUGAUGGCAAUGGUACCUUGUCUAACUCAGGCUAAUUAUAACCUGAAAGUUCAUGUGGAAUUGUCAGUAGUUCUGGCGUUCACAUUAUUCAUUUAUGGACCAAACAGGAACCUUCUUUUCUAAACUACACCACUCAGAACUCGAAAUCCUUGCAAAAUAUAUAAUGCUAUUGCCAAAAAAUCUUUAACUUGAAGACACAGGAGGCCUAAAAACUUCAAAGGGACAGAUUUGUCCAUAACAGUAAAGACAAUGACAGUUAAGAUUAAACCUUCUACUUCUGUAGCUUCCCACAAUUAACAACUCAUUAAAGACCUUAACAAGUGGUAAGUAACACAAUUAUACUCCCAUUAUUAGAGGAUUGGAAGGCAGGAGGGAGCAGUUCAAAGAACAAGAAAAAUACAGUAACACACACUCUCUCUCUCUCUGGUGUUUGCAGUGGUCUGGUCACUAUCCUUUUACGACAAAUUAAUUACUGUACAUUUGACUCCUCUUUUUACUCGCUAGACUACCCAAUGGGACAUAUGUCUGCUUUGAAAAUCUAAGAUAUAGAGUGAGAUUACCAUUGCUGCACACCAAUUUUUUAGUGUAAAAUAACUAAACACAAGAACUCUCUCUUCUCUCUCCUUCUCGAGCCCCUACUUUGCCUUACCGUCUCUAUUCUCUUUCCUGGCCUAGUGGCCAUCUGCUGCUCUAGUUACUCUUUCUCUUAUCAGUUAAUCUCACUCUUCAUGAUAGUUAAAUACUAAUCCCAAAAUAAUUUACUUUAUUUAGAUAUAACUAUCAAUAUUUCAUCAUAGGAACAGAUUUCUAAUUUUCCCCCUAAAAAAUUAGAGGUAAGGAGAAAAUAAAAGAAAGAAAAAGAACCACCUGGAUAUAGAAUUUCCUUUUGUGUAUGAGUGCAUGGUGCCAAGAGAUGAAAUGGGAAAAUCUUAGACUUUUGCAAGAGCUAUGUUUCAAGAAUAAAACCAACUUUUUUUUUCCCUAAAGCUGCAUUUUGCUUCUUUCCUCCUCUCUAACCCUUGUAAAAUCUAACGCAUUCUUCCAUUUUGUUACAGCCCCACCUCCUUUUUAUCAGAAAAGAAUACUCAGAUUCCUCCAAAAGAUCACCUUUCUUUGCUUUACCCCAUCCCCAUAUAUUCAAAAGUGGUAGCUUCUACGCCUGUUAAAACCAGAAAAAAAAUACCUCUAGACUUUAGCAAGAGAAAUGGGUUGUGUUGCUUCUAAACUAGAGGAAGAAGAAGAAGUUUUGUCAAUUUGCAGAGAAAGAAACCGCCUCAUAAAGCUAGCUGUGGAUAGAAGAUAUGCACUUGCAGAGGCACAUUGUAGGUAUUGUCAAGCUCUUUACGCAGUAGCAGCUGCUAUUAAGCUCUUUGUAGCUCGCCAUUCUUCACCUUCUUCACCUUUUCUCAUCACUUUUCCUCCACCUUGCCCACCUACACCACCAGCCACAGAUCAAAAUGUGAUAACCAACCCAAUAUUCCUUCAACAAGGACCUUCAGAGUCAACCCAUGAAGCCAUUGCUUGUGAGUCUUGUGAUUCUUCAAUGAACUCAGAUACUUCAGAGGAGGAGAUUAAAGAAGAGAUGGUAAGGGAAGAAGAAGAACAACAACAACAACAACCUUGUGGGUACUUUUAUAUGCAAAUGCCACCACCAAUGCCAUCACCUCAAAGGGAUUUCAGUUGGGACUUCUUUAAUCCAUUUGAUAUUGUCAGACCAGAGAUUUUAAGUGGAUAUAACAGGUGUUCUGAUGAUGAUUUAAGAGUGGUGAGGGAAGAGGAAGGGAUACCAGAGCUAGAAGAGGAAGUAGAUACCAGAGAGGAAGAGAAAAAAGUUGUCUUUGUUGAAGAAAAAUAUACUAACAUGAAGCUUGAAGAGAAUGAAAGUGGUCUGGCAAAAGUGAAGGAAGAAAAUAAUGUGAGCCAAGGAGAGCCGAAGGGGCUUACAGUUCUUGAUAGCCCAGAAAAAGGAAGGGAGCUUUUAGAAGCCUUGAAGGAUAUUGAGGACCAUUUCAUUAGGGCUUAUGAUUCUGGAAAGGAUGUAUCAAGAAUGUUAGAGGCUAAUAUGGUUCAUUUGCAAUCUGGUUUGGAGGAAACCAAAGAGAACUCAACUAAGCUCAUCCAGGCUAUUACAUGGCAUCGCUCCACUUUGUCUAAGCCUUCAUCAUGUAAGAGUCUUGUGGCAUCCAGUUCAAAAAGUUGUUCAGCAUGGACAGAAUACACGAAUGAUCUUUUUGAUGAAUAUGGAGGAAUGAAAUCAGGAAGCCAUUCAUUAACACUAGGAAGACUUUAUGCAUGGGAAAAGAAGCUUUACGAAGAGGUUAAGGCUGGAGACAGCGCACGGAAAAUUUAUGAGAGAAAGUGUUCUCGACUGAGAAACCAGGAUGUGAAGGGGUAUGAUGAGCCCACUAUGGACAAAACCAGAGUUGCAGUAAAGGAUUUAUAUGCCAGAAUCUUGAUUGCUAUAAAAAGUGCUGAAUCAAUCUCAAAGAGAAUUGAGAAAUUAAGAGAUGAAGAACUACAGCCUCAAAUUGUUGAACUGUUAAAAGGCCUUACACUAACUUGGAAAGUUAUGCUUGAAUCCCAUGAAACCCAAAACAAAAUUCUUAAUGAAGUAAAAUCUUUUGCCUGCCCCGCAUAUGGAAAAUUCUGCAAUGAUUCUCACCGACUUGCUACGCUUCAGCUCGAGGCUGAGCUUCAAAAUUGGCGUGCUUGCUUCACAGAGUAUGUUGCUGCUCAAAAAGCAUACGUUGAAGCUCUUCAUGGUUGGCUAACCAAGUUCCUGGUCCCUGAAGUUGAAUUCUUUUCCAGAGGAAGGAGUGCGGCUGCACCAUAUGGAGCUAAUGGGCCUCCACUUCUUGUGAUGUGUUAUAAUUGGUUAAAUUCCAUGGAGGAGUCGCCAGAUAGGGCAGUCACCUUUUCAUUGAAAAGCUUCUCUAAGGAUGUAAGGGCGCUGUGGGCUCAGCAAGGGAAGGAACAGCAACAGAAGAGGAAAGUUGAUGGCAUGGCUAAAGAACUUGACAGAAGGACUAUGGCAUUCCAGAAGGCAGAAACCAGGUUUCUGGACUCCAAGCUUACUGAAUCUCAAUCCGAGCCAGAGAUGGAACAGCGGAAUGAGUAUCUUACAGAGAAGAAGGGUCAGUUGGAUAUAUUCAGAAAGAGAUUGGAGGUAGAAAGGGAGAAACACCACAAUUGCAUGCAAGAAACACAAAGAAUCACAUUAAAUGGAUUUCAGACAGGAUUUUCAACUGUUUUUGAGUCCCUAAUUGAAUUCUCAAAGGCUUCGCUAAAGAUGUACAAUGACCUUGUCACUCGAAGUGAAAAAGAGGGUAGCAUAUCGUACAUAGAGGACUCCCCCAAGCUGAUGAAAAUGGCAGCAGAUGACAUUAAAGCAAAACAAGAAGCCUGAGAAAAUGAGGUUAAUGUUCUCUAAGUCUACUUGUAUAUUACAUCAUGUCAAAGCAGCUCGCUAAGACAAAUUUAUUUACAUUUCCAUGUCUAACGGCUGUUGAAAUAUAUUAAGAUGCACUUUCUUUGAGUAACAAAUUGACAUGUCUAAAAUCCUGAGUGCUGCACUAUGAGAUUUUUUUCUUUUGCAUAUUUUUCCUGUACGACUGGCCGAGUCCAAGGGAUUAGAAUUUUCGAUCGAGGCCUUCCACAAGUUUUGCAUUUUAAUAAGACAGAAAAUUUGCAUCUUAAUACAAAGGACAUUCAGGUUCCAUCAAGUUUUGCAUCUUAACAAAUAUGGGCAUUUUGCAGCCUCGUACAUAAGAACAUUUCGCUUUCGACAAUUUAAUUCAUAGGACAAUGACACAGCUUGUUCUAUUAUUUAUGCUUUGCCGGCAAGAUCAGAUUUGCCGCUCUCAUUUUGUUGGCUGUAUGAAAAGGACUCUC